AUGGUCAACCCUCAGAAGUCGUUUGAACAAGACCUUGUUCCCAAAAAAUCUUCAUGGGUAGAGACCGUUAAUACAGAAGCAAGUGAGAGUAGUGAAGUUGAAAAUGGAGGUGUCGUAAAUUUUGAAAGGUCUACGAGACAUGUUCAGAGAAAAUUGAAAAAUCGCCACGUCCAGUUAAUUUCCAUUUCAGGUGUCAUUGGUACUGCACUUUUCGUAUCAAUUGGUAAAGCGCUUUAUCAUGGUGGAGCUGCUAAUUUACUUCUUGGAUUCGCUAUUUGGUGUAUACCUAUUAUGUGCAUUACCGUAUGCACCGCUGAAAUGGUCUGUUUUUUACCCGUUAGCUCACCAUUUCUCAGAUUAGCACAUAUGUGUGUUGAUGAUUCCCUGGGGGUUAUGGCAAGUUGGAAUUUUUGGUUUUUGGAAUGUGUACAGAUUCCCUAUGAGAUCGUUUCUGUGAACACGAUUAUUCAUUACUGGAGAGAUGAUUACAAUGCGGCUAUACCGUUGGUGGUACAGCUCGUACUCUACGGAUUUAUUUCUUUAUGUACAGUGCGUUAUUACGGUGAAGCAGAAUUUUGGUUAGCUUCUUUUAAGAUCGUUUUAGCCAUUGGCCUCUAUUUUUUCACAUUUGUCACUAUGCUAGGCGGUAAUCCGCGUCAUGAUCGUUAUGGGUUUCGUUAUUACGGUGAAGCUCCCUUCAAGAAAUACUGGCCUAAUGGACAUGGAUCAAAUGCAUCUGGUCAUUUCCAAGGAUUUUUAGCUUGUGUCAUUCAAGCAGCUUUCACAGUGGCGGGGGGUGAAUACGUUUCUAUGUUGGCAGGUGAAGUAGUUUUACCUCGUAAAGUGAUGCCACGAGCCUUUAAACAAGUCUUCAUAAGAUUGACGGUCCUUUUCCUGGGUAGUUGUCUAUGUGUUGGUAUUUUAUGUUCACCUAAUGAUCCUGAUUUAACAGCGGCAAUUAAUGAAUCACGUCCUGGAGCAGGUUCUUCACCCUACGUGAUCGCCAUGAAGCAUUUACACAUUCAUGUAUUGCCAGAUAUUGUUAAUGCCGCACUGAUUACAGCAGCUUUCUCCUCAGGUAAUGCAUACACCUAUUGUUCAUCACGUACCCUUUACGGUAUGGCACUCGAUGGAUAUGCUCCCAAAAUCUUUGCACGUUGUACACCACAGGGAACUCCCAUCUUUGCCAUGGCAGUAUCGAUGUGUUGGGGAUUCUUAUCGCUUUUACAACUAGGUGAUAAUUCGGCUGUGGUUCUCAACUGGCUCAUCAAUUUAAUCACAACAUCUCAAUUGAUAAAUUUCGUCAUUUUAUGUGUGACUUAUCUCUUCUUCCGAAGGGUCUACAAAGUCAAUGAGCACAAUUUACCCAGAUUACCCUUCAAAUCGUGGUGGCAGCCUUGGCCCGCAUACAUAGGUAUCAUCUGUGCAGGUUCUAUGACCUUCAUUCAAGGCUAUGCGGUGUUCUUCUCUUCCCUUUGGAGUACUAAGCAGUUCCUUUUCUCAUAUCUCAUGCUCUUUAUUGAUAUUGGGUUGUAUCUCGGCUACAAAUUUAUCUGGAGAAGAGGCAAGGACAAACUUAGAAAUCCGACAGAGGUAAAUUUCUUCCCGUUACUCGCAGAAAUCGAUGCCCAUGAGUACCAUCUCAACUAUACCGAAUACAUUGAUGUAGAUAGCCCUAGUGACCGUCCGGAUCAAAACGCAGGCAACGACGGUGAAAGUCUCACAGAAGCUGCCUAG